CAGCCGCAACCGCCAUCCAAGUCAUCUCCGAUGUCUGGUGGUGCCAUGAACGCGGCGGCGGCCGGGGCGGCAGCAGCAGCAGCAGCAGCAGCAGCCGGCGGCAUAAGCUUUAGGAGGCAACGAGCGUCACGAGCAUGCGAGACAUGUCACGCCCGAAAGGUCCGAUGCGACGCAGCCAGCCUUGGUGUGCCUUGCACCAACUGCGUUGCUUUUCAGAUCGAGUGUCGGAUUCCCCAGCCGAAACGCAAGAAGACCCAGACCGCUGGGGGCCAAGCAAGCAAAGAUUCCGACAGUGACCGUGGCGAGAAUACCGAUGAGCAGGCACGGCAGACGCCUCUCAGCAGCACCGCCACCUCUUAUUCCCCAAGGCCUUCAGCUCCUACCGUAUCGCAUACCGCGGAUGGAACGCCGCCCACGUCUCUCACAGAAGCCCAAGCCCGCAAAGAAGAGGUCGAUAAUGGCACAUAUUUGAAUAUAGUUAUGAAGCCCAAGUUCACACGAGCUCCCAUUACCGACGCAGGCCGUGUUGCAUACCUCGGCGAAUCAUCAAAUCUCACUCUCCUUGUGCACGACCGCCAGGGUUCUGCAGAUGUGGUUCACUAUCCGCUGCCUGAGAAUGUCAGAGGCUCGCGAGCUAGGCUGACCGAGCUCGAUAAUGUCGAGAUUGACAUUCUUCACCAGCGUGGCGCCUUUCUACUACCUCCGCGGUCAUUGUGUGAUGAGCUGAUUGACGCUUAUUUUCAAUGGGUUCACCCUAUUGUCCCCGUCAUCAACCGUACUCGCUUUAUGAGGCAAUAUCGAGACCCCAAAAACCCGCCUUCGCUUCUCCUCCUACAGGCCGUUCUCCUGGCUGGUUCCCGAGUUUGCCAAAACGCACAGCUCAUGGACGCAAAUGGCUCGACAACCCCGGCUGCCCUGACUUUCUAUAAACGCGCCAAGGCCCUUUAUGACGCCAAUUACGAAGACGACCGCGUCACUAUUGUCCAGUCUCUCCUUCUCAUGGGAUGGUACUGGGAGGGACCUGAGGAUGUCACCAAAAACGUCUUUUAUUGGAGCCGCGUUGCCACCAUUGUUGCUCAAGGGUCGGGCAUGCAUCGAUCCGUUGAGCGGUCUCAGCUGAGCAAAUCUGAUAAGCGGCUCUGGAAGCGCAUUUGGUGGACCCUUUUCACUCGUGAUCGAUCCGUCGCUGUUGCUCUUGGCCGUCCUGUUCACAUCAACCUCGACGACUCUGACGUUGAGAUGUUGACUGAGGACGACUUCAUUGAAGACGAGUCUGACCGGGGUAGCGAGUUCCCACCAGAUCCGAUCCAUGUGCAGUUCUUCCUGCAGUACGUCAAACUCUGCGAGAUUAUGGGGCUUGUCCUAUCACAGCAGUACUCGGUGGCCUCCAAAGGAAGGCAACGAAAUGCCAUCGACCUGACUCACAGCGAUAUGGCCUUGGCUGAUUGGCUUCAGAAUUGCCCCAAGAUCGUCUAUUGGGAAAUGCCUCGCCAUCAUUUCUGGUCUGCCCUUCUUCACUCCAACUACUAUACAACUUUGUGUCUCUUGCACCGAGCACAUAUGCCACCAAGCGGCUCACCUCGAUUUCCCAAUGAUACCCCAUAUCCAUCAAGAAAUAUUGCUUUCCAGGCCGCAGCCAUGAUUACUUCGAUAGUUGAUAACUUGGCGGCGCAUAAUCAGCUUCGCUACUGCCCUGCCUUCAUUGUGUACAGCCUAUUCUCAGCCCUAAUCAUGCACGUUUAUCAAAUGCGCUCUCCUGUACCAUCUAUACAACAGGUAACGCAGGAUAGGAUGCGCAGCUGUAUGCAGGCUAUGAAGGAAGUUUCGCGUGUCUGGCUUGUGGGAAAGAUGGUCUAUACUCUUUUUGAAUCCAUCAUUGGCAAUAAGAAUCUGGAAGAGCGUUUACAAAAAGCAGGUGGCAAGCGGCAUCGGAAGAUACAGCAAAGCAUGGCCCAGCUUGAGCAGAUGAACAGGCAAGACGCAUCCAAGCGAAAAUACGACGAUAUGGCCAUCGACUUCAUGAGCAAUACGCCAACGCCACAAGAGUCGUACGAAAGAUCUAGGCCGCAAACCCCCAGCGCGGCCAAGGCUGAGAACGCCGGCAACGUCAACCAACGAUCGUCCGCAGCAUCUCCAAAUGUUCGUCAAACUGGGGCAGACACAUUUAUGGGCGGCACAAACUCGAGGCCUCAGACAAGGCCUGCAACACCAUUCAACCCUUCGUUUUCUGUCCCAGCAACUCCCCCAGACUUAUACUUGGUCACCCGCAACUCACCAAAUAUAUCACAAUCUCUAUGGGAGAACUUCCAGCCUGACCAACUAUUCCCCGAAAGUUCAAGUAUGCCAGCAUUUCCCAACCUCUCACCCCCUCAGACACACCAAGGUCUAGAUCAGAGUGCGAUGAAUCAAGUGCCGGGGGGCGGCAUGGGGGUGGGCAUGCAGGCCAAUCAGUAUAGAGGCUCCGCCCCGGGCAGUAUCAUGCAGAUGUCUGGAUUCCAGGGACAGUCUAAUUUGUGGCAAGCUGGCUUUGAUGGUGGACUUCAGGAUGGCCAGAGUCCUGAUAGCUGGGGCACAAGCUCUGCGCAAGGACAGCCCGCGCCAGCAACUCUAAACGUUGAAGAUUGGUUCCAAUUCUUUGGCAUUAAUGGAGAUAUGAGCAACGUAAAUUUAGACAUGUCAUUGGGCUGAGAGAAGCGACUCACAGAGGGGGAAGACCCCGGCCGU